UGCUUGUCGUUUCCGCCCGGUGGAAUCCGUCGUGGGACUGAGCUCACUGACUUGUUGCCACGUCGGACCGGACCGGGCGGUGAAGCUGCCCGAUUCAUUUCACAAUCAAUAACGGAAUCAUAACUUUCUGCAGCUGGUUUCUGGUUCCUCCGCCGACAUGGUUUCCGUCAUCAACACGGUGGACACCUCGCACGAGGACAUGAUCCACGACGCCCAGAUGGAUUACUACGGGACGCGACUCGCCACCUGCUCGUCCGAUCGCACCGUGAAGAUCUUCGACGUGAGGAACGGGGGUCAGAUCCUGGUCGCAGACCUCCGAGGCCACGAGGGGCCCGUGUGGCAGGUCGCCUGGGCUCACCCCAUGUUCGGUAACAUCCUGGCUUCCUGUUCCUACGACCGCAAGGUCAUCGUGUGGAAGGAGGAGAACGGAGCCUGGGACAAGAUGUACGAGUACACCGGACACGAGUCGUCAGUAAACUCCGUCUGCUGGGGUCCCUACGACUUCGGCCUCAUCUUGGCCUGCGGCAGCUCGGACGGAGCCAUUUCCCUCCUCACGUUCACCGGUGAUCAGCAGUGGGACGUGAAGAAGAUCAGCAAUGCUCACACCAUCGGCUGUAAUGCGGUGAGCUGGGCUCCGGCCGUCGUCCCCGGCAGCCUUAUCGAUCAGCCGUCGGGACAGAAGCCAAACUACGUGAAACGCUUUGUCUCCGGAGGCUGCGACAACCUGGUCAAACUCUGGAAAGAGGAGGACGGCCAGUGGAAGGAGGACCAGAAGCUGGAGGCUCACAGCGACUGGGUGAGAGACGUCGGCUGGGCUCCGUCCAUCGGUCUCCCCACCAGCACCAUCGCCAGCUGCUCCCAGGACGGACGCGUGUUCAUCUGGACGUGUGACGACCCGGCAGGAAACACCUGGACGACCAAACUGCUCCACAAGUUCAACGACGUGGUUUGGCACGUGAGCUGGUCCAUCACCGGGAACAUCCUGGCCGUUUCUGGAGGAGACAACAAGGUGACGCUGUGGAAGGAGUCGAUGGACGGUCAGUGGGCCUGUAUAAGCGACGUCAGCAAGGGCCAGGGCGCCGUGUCCACCAUCACAGACACACAGCAGAACGAGCAGUGACACACACGCACACACCGGUGACCCCUGACCCCAGCACGACGUCCUCAGUAAUGAAUAAAGUUUUAAUAAACAUGUCGGACAUGUGGCACAUGGUCCGAUUGGUUUGUAAUCUUUAUUUUUUUCUAAACUUCAUCUGAAUGAAGAGAAACAGUUUAAAGAUGAAGAAUCUUUACUCAACGUUUCUAUAAAUAAACUACGACUGACCAUAAUGCCCCCCCCCCCCCCCACCCCCACCCCGCAAUCCCAUGAUGCUCUGCUCCUGCAACAUUCCACCUCCACCGGCAGAGAACAAAACGAGCUGGAAGUUCCCAGAAUCCUCAGCAGCAACUCUGUCCUGGUGACUUUCACUGUUUCUAUUUGAGCGGGGAAGCUCCGCCCCCUCCCGUGUCAGGUCUGAGGCUGAGAACUGACGCUCGUGUUCUCACAAAGUGAAAAUGAUUUUCACCAAACUCCAGAGAAUAAUUAAUAAACAAUAAGUGAAUAAAUGAUUUAUGUACCCAGCAGUUUUCAGGAUCAGAGUCAUCAGGUGGUUGUAGAAGAAGAUUCUGCUCUAAUUCAUCAACAUGUUGCCAUGACGACCAUGAAUGCAACUUCAUUGUAAACUGUUUUUUUUCUUCCUUUCAGCUGUAAAAUCAGAAACAAUUGAUUUUUUUUUUCAUAUUUGAUGCAAUUAAAUAACUAAUGUUAAAA